AUGGCGCUUGCUGCAGCAGCAGCCGCAGCCGCCGCGGCCGCCGGGGUGAGCCAGGCAGCAGUGCUAGGCUUCCUGCAGGAGCGCGGCGGGAAGGUACGCAAGUCUGAGCUGCUGAGCCGCUUCAAGCCGAUGCUGGAUGCUGGCGACCCGCGUGGUCGCGCUGCCCGCAGAGACCGCUUCACGCAGUUCGUCAACAAUGUGGCGGUGGUGAAGGAGCUGGACGGCGCCAAGUUCUUGGUACUGAGGAAAAAGCCGCAGCCCCCUGAAGGACCUCAUCCUCUACCCUCCUGCACCCCUAGCAUUCCCGUCCCGGUGUUAGAUGUCACUGCCAUCUCACUGGGGGCAACCACCGGUCGGGGAACUUCAUCUUCGCCAUUGCCCGAACGGUCAGAGGAGCCACCAGACGACCUGGAGUCACAGGGUGCCCCCGGGAAUCGGGUCCCUGAGCCGGCUCAGCCUAAUGAAGACCUAGGGCGCUUAGACUCGUCCCACCAGCCAAAGGUUCCCUCCUCUGAGCUAGUCCUGCCUUCCAAGGGACUAUCUAUCGACGUGACCCAACCAUCUGCUGCGCACUCGGAGGCUACCUCGCCGACAAUUCGGGAACCUUGGCCCGGGUUGGCCAAAGGGCUGCCGCCACUCGCGCCGCGCGCGCCGCAGCAGAAACCCUGCAUGCUGCCGGUGCGCUACGUCCCGGGUCCCGCGCUCCGGAUCAGGACCGAGGAGCAGGGCCUGCGCAGGCAGCUGUCGGAGGAGCCCAGCCCGCGGGGCUCCCCACUACUGCGGCGUCGGCUCUCGGUGGAGGAGUCCGGCCUGGGCCUUAACCUGGGCCCAGGACGUUCCCCGCACCUGAGGCGCCUGUCGCGCUCAAACCCGCGCCUGCUGAGCCCCGACGCUGAGGAGGUGCCUGCCCCACCGCAGCCGCCGCCGCUGCCUGCCCUGCCCCUGGAGCCGGCGGAGCACGAGUGGCUGGUGCGGGCGGCCAGUGGCCGCUGGACUCACCAGUUGCAUGGGCUGCUGCUGCGAGAUAGCGGCUUGGCAGCUAAACGCGACUUCAUAUCUGGCUUCACCGCCCUACACUGGGCUGCCAAGAGUGGGGACCGUGAGAUGGCACUGCAGCUGGUGGAAAUCGCACGGCGCGGAGGCGCGCCGCUCGACGUGAAUGCGCGUUCGCAUGGCGGCUACACGCCACUUCACCUGGCGGCGCUGCACGGCCAAGAGGACGCCGCGGUGCUGCUGGUGGCUCGUCUCGGGGCGCAGGUGCACGUGCGAGACCACAGCGGGCGGCGAGCCUACCAGUACCUGCGGCCCGGCUCCUCAUACGCGGUGCGCCGCCUACUCGGCGACCCCGGUCUGCGCGACGCGACAGAGCACAAUGGCUUUGGCAGUGGCGGUAGCCUUGCGGUCCGGCGCCCGGUGCAGGUGGCCGCCACCAUCCUCAGUUCCACCACCAGUGCGUUUCUGGGCGUCCUCGCUGACGACCUGAUGCUCCAGGACCUGGCGCGAGGCCUGAAGAAGUCCGGCUCCUUCAGCAAGUUUUUGGGCGCAUCGCCCAUGGUUCCACGCAAAAAGACCAAGACCCGCAGCGGCCUUCCGUCAUUCUCAGAAUCUCGUCGAGGCACUCCAGGGCCAUUAGCCGGGCUAGUGCCCAGCCUACCCCCCACAACCUGA